UGAAGGCAUCCUUUGAAUGUAUGGCGGCGUCGUUUGUGUGGAUUAUGCGUCAACAUUUCUGUCCUGGUUAUGGAAACGUUUAUGAUUCAUGCGAUUAUAUGUAGACAAUAAACUAGUGUUUAAAAAAACAAAACAAAUGAGAGAUAUGUUUUUUUAAAGAAGUAGCGCUAGAAUUGAGUGCUGUUACUAUACGGAGCUAAAUAGCUAGCUUAGCUUCCUGCAUUAAGGCCUAAUUGUGAGCUUGGCACGUUUUAGGAAGCAACCUUGGGGAUAGAUAUGAGUGUUUAGUUACAUGUUGUAUCAUUUUGAAUUUAGUCGGUUAAUCUGCUUUGAAAUUAUAUAGUGAGGUUCUGCAAACAUGUUAAAUGACCUGAGCAUUGGAUGAUGAUGAUGAUGAUGAUGACCUGCUAAUUUAGACAUUGAUCUCUGAAGGCUUUAUUCUGAAGGUCCACCUUCCUCUGAGCUGAAGCUUUAUCUCCUAGAACAGCAGCAAACAUGACUGGAAUCCAAUCCAGAGAUGAGUCGGUUGGAGACAGUUCUGAUGAUGAACCUCUGAGUAAAAUGGUGAAACCUGGCAAGAAGUGUCCAGAAGAUGCACCCUCGGAUAUCAUGGAAGAUGCUUCACCAAAGAAAACCCUUAAAGAGCCCACCUCUGCUGCGGAUGUUCCAGCAUCCCAGGUUUUCCCAGGGUUUCCUCAGGGUUCUCCAGUUUCCUCCCAGGUCCCACAAAACAAGUGCCCUGGACACAGCUCUGAUGACGAGCCUCUGAGCAAACUGACUGAAUCAAAGGGGGCGAAGCGCUCAAGUAAACAAAAAGAGACUGCUGCGGGGAAGCAGUCAGAAUCUGAAGACGAUCAGCCGCUGACGAUGAUUAUCAAGAAGAAGAAGCAGAAGGCUGACACAGAAGAGCCUGAAGAUGCCAAGAAGACCAGAAGCCCAAAAAAGCGUAAAGCUGUGACGAAGGCCUCAAAGCUCAGAGAUUCAUCACCCUCGCCAUCGCCGUCGCCAGUGAAGGCCACACAGAGAAGAGGACAAAAAGGUAAGGACGAGUCGAAAAAGAAAGUACCGGCACAUUCACCAGCUGUGAACACGACGCCUAAAAGGAGAGGUCGCGCCAAGAAAGAAGGAAAAGCCCCGUGUAGCGACAGCUCGGAUGACGAGCCCUUGAGCGAGCUGCCGUGGAAGAGGAGCGAGCCAGAGAUGAAGCAGGCGGUGGUGCUGGUGGAGAGGAUGUCUGAAAGAGACGUUAAGGAUGCAGUGGCACGCGGACGUGCACACAGCCAAGAGCAGAAAAGUACAGCCAGAGCAGAGUGUGCAGCGGAGGGCUCAGACGAGGAGCCUCUGAGUCAUAAGAUGAAGAGACUGAAAGAGCAGAGCAAGACUGCGAGAGGCAGGAGACCAGCGGCAGAUGCCAGUUCAGACGACGAGCCCUUGGUGAGGAAAGUGAAAGCAGCGAAGGUGAAGGAUAAGUUUAGAAAGAGAGCUAACGGAGAAGAGGACACAGUCAAACAAGACAGAGAGCUGAGCGAGGAGGACGAGCGUCCACACUGAGAGCCUGGCAGUAGUCACACACAACACAACACGUCUCGCACACGAAUUUAACAGAAGAAACGAGAAGAGGACUCGCUUGUUUCACCGUUCUGUGGAUCAGUAGUUCUGUGCUCAUUCCUUUAUUUAUGUAUAGGAAUAACGUCGCAUUUUCUGAACUCCUAAACCCCGAAACGUGAAUCCCUUUCACUCCAUAACACAUUGAAAAGCUUGAAGUAGUUUCUUUUAUAUUGUUUUAGCAUUUUAAAUUUUGUAUGGUCUUAACCAGGCUUCGGCCUUUUACAUCGUGUACGCUGAUGGUUUUUGAUUUGUAUUUUAAAACAAACAAAAAAAAGUCACUAAAUGUUAUUUACAUAGUUUCUAGGAAGGAAAGUGAAAUGAAAUGUGUUUUUUGAUAAUAUUGACGUGUACACAAGUAUAAACGCAGUGGUGUGAGAGAUAAAUGUGGAGAACGCUGUACAGUAGUUUUCUUUUUGUUUUUUGAUGACCGUUGUUUAGUUUCUUGUGAUUUAAUGUGAUUUUACCAGAUCAGAUUGUUGGAAUUCCCAACAAAUGAAAUAUUCCCGCUGUCAAUACAAUCUAAAGGCUUAAAAAAAUAAAUUACAUCAGUGACUUUGUAAUGAAAA